AUGAAUCGCACAGCAAUUACAAACUUUGUCCUCCUCGGCCUUUCUGAUGAUCCUGACCUUCAGAUUGUCAUCUUCCUCUUUUUAUUUAUCACAUACAUAUUAAGUGUCGCUGGAAACCUGACCAUCAUUACUCUAACCUUGCUGCACCCCCAUCUGCAGACGCCCAUGUGUUUCUUUCUCCGGAACUUCUCUUUUUUGGAAAUAUCCUUUACAACUGUGUGCAUCCCUAGGUUUCUUGGAGCAAUUAUCACCAGGGAUAAGACCAUUUCUUACAACAACUGUGCCGCCCAACUCUUUUUCUUUAUCUUCAUGGGGGUGACUGAAUUUUACAUCUUAACCGCCAUGUCCUACGACCGCUACGUGGCCAUCUGCAAGCCCCUGCAUUAUGCCACCAUCAUGAGCAGGAAGCUCUGCAUACUGCUGGUGCUGUGUGCUUGGGCGGGCGGGUUUCUGACCAUCUUUCCUCCUCUAAUGCUUCUUCUCCAGCUGGAGCUUCUCCAGCGCUUCUCCAGCGCUUCCAACGUCAUUGACCACUUCGCAUGCGACUACUUUCCCCUCUUGCAACUAUCUUGCUCAGACACGCAGCAGCUAGAGGUGAUUGGUUUCUACUUUGCUUUAGUUACCCUUCUGUUCACUUUGGCACUAGUCGUUUUGUCUUACAUGUACAUUAUUCGAACCAUUUUGAAAAUUCCCUCUGCCCAUCAGAGAAAGAAGGCUUUCUCCACCUGUUCCUCUCACAUGAUCGUCAUCUCCAUCUCUUAUGGGAGCUGCAUAUUCAUGUAUGCUAACCCUUCUGCCAAGGACAAGGCCUCGCUGACGAAAGGAGUCGCCAUUCUCAACACCUCUGUGGCUCCCAUGCUGAACCCCUUCAUUUAUACUCUGAGGAACCAGCAAGUGAAGCAAGCCCUCAAGGAUGUGGUCCACAGAGUAGCAUUUUCUGCAAGUAAAUGGAACACAUUUUUGGAAGAAUAA